CUCAAGUCUGACCGAACUUCCUCGAUUGACCGAAAUCACGACCAUUCCAACCACAGACACCAUGCUAUUCCUCCAAAGAGUCCUCCCGAUUCCGCUGCUGGCUCUGCUCGCAGCGGCAUCCAUACCGGAAAACUACACUUGCCCGCACCACCUCUACAACAUCCAGGUCUUCUCCCAGGACCCGCUGAUCAUUUACAUCCCAUCUUUCAUCACCGAAACGGAAGCCCAGCACCUCCAAGAGAUCAGCCUAGGCAAGUUCCAAUCCUCUCAAAUCGCCGACCGAUCGGGAAAAGAACAAAAGGCCUUCACACGAACCUCGAGAUCUACAUCUUUGGCCACUGAUUCGGUCAUACGCUGUAUUGAGGAGCGAGCACUUGCAUUUCAGGGAUAUGAGACGCAGAGAGAACAACUAGAGCCGUUGCAGAUUGUUGAGUAUGAGAUGGGCCAGAAUUAUCGUCCACAUACAGAUUGGUUUACGAGUCCUUCGCAAACUACCGCGGAGUUUGGUGGGAAUCGGAUUUCCUCGUUUUUUGUGUACGUUGGUACGUCGGAGUCUAUCAUCGGGGGCGGUACACAAUUUCCGUUUCUUGAUGCGCCGAAGGAUGAGCGCUGGUGCGGUGUCGUGAAUUGUGAUGCACCAUGGGAAGAGGGAGUGACGUUCCGACCGAUUGCAAGGAAUGCAGUAUUUUGGAGGAAUAUGAAGGCUGGGACGGACAGCAAGUUGGAGGGUGAUAGAAGGACUUUGCACGCGGGGUUACCUGUGCAGAGGGGGUGGAAGUUGGGGAUGAAUGUUUGGACUAGGGAGGGGGAAUUGAAUGCUAAGUAUAGGAGUGACAAUAUUGAAUGAGAUGGUGGAAGUGUAGGAAUUGUGUUAAAUGGCU